AUGUCUACUGCUGCCCGACGUCGUUUGAUGCGUGACUUCAAGCGCAUGCAAACUGACCCUCCCGCGGGUGUCUCUGCCUCUCCCGUCCCCGAUAACGUUAUGACUUGGAAUGCCGUUAUCAUCGGACCUGCCGAUACGCCCUUCGAGGACGGGACCUUCAGACUCGUCAUGCAGUUCGAGGAGCAAUACCCCAACAAGCCGCCCGCCGUCAAGUUCAUCAGCCAGAUGUUCCAUCCCAACGUCUACGCCACCGGGGAGCUCUGCUUGGAUAUCUUGCAAAACAGAUGGAGCCCUACAUAUGACGUCGCAGCGGUGUUGACGAGCAUCCAGAGUCUGCUUAAUGACCCAAACACCGGAUCGCCAGCGAACGUCGAGGCUUCCAACUUGUACAAGGACAACCGUAAGGAGUACACCAAGAGGGUGAGGGAGACGGUUGAGAAGAGCUGGGAGGACUAA